ACAUGCUCAGCGUGGCGUCACGAGUGUGAGAUACUGGUUGGUAUCGUUUGAUGUCGCCUCAGCUGCGACCGAACAACGUGCUACGCGCCGCUGCUCCAUUCGAUGCUUAUUUUCAUUGCUCGAUGAUAUCAACAACAAUCAAUUUUAUUCAGUGCAAAUUCGACAAACCUCGCAUUCGGACGCGUUUCCAUCAAGAAUACUCUUUGAGCGCACAGCACAUGUGAGAUAUAUACUAAAGUGAAAAAUAAUCUCUAGCUGGCCGUCGCUUGUCGUACGCUCCACUCCAUAUUCCACGCACCUUCUCUUAUUCAUUCGACGCCGUGUGACGCGUAACAGUCCUAUUUUUAGAAGUGGACUCGCAAAACAAAUCAACGUGCUGCAGUGAACAACCACACAGUGUUUAGCAUUUGUGGGAGCAAUACAAAACAACAAAUGAUAAUACCUCGCUAUUUACAACAACAACCUCGAUAAUUGGACGGACACCAUAUUCCUAUCAUUCCCACAAUUUUAAAGGUAAUCUCGCCUGGGGAUCUGAGAACGCAAAGCCAGCACCGCCAUCAAAAUGUUCUGGUAAAUUGUGUGUGAUUGACCAAACAGCAACCUGUGGGAGGACGCAUUAUAGCAACUGAAGCUCUCGCCUAGACCCCCACUAAAAUGCAGUCCUAAGAAUUUAAACGCACCUCGUCUAACAGCCGCAGCUACCCCUGCUAUUUCUUAGUGUCGCCCAAAGGGAGUCACUUGGAGGCCUGGAGACAAUUUCAACUCCAUGGUACAUACGUCAAUAAGGAAAACAUGGACUGCGAAAAGUACUCCUUGCGACAGAGAGAGAAGAGGAGACUGAGGCAGGGAGCAAACACCAAGUCGCCAGGAUAUAACAGUGAUAACUCCAGCGAGUGUCUCCACAACAUAUUUCUUUGCCAGAAGACAUCGGCUGGAGCCAAUGCCAAAUUAAAGACGAAAGCAGCACCUCUAAGCAAGUACCGACGGAAGACCGCAAAUGCCAGGGAACGGACAAGAAUGAGGGAAAUCAAUUCAGCAUUUGAAAACCUGAGGCACUGUGUGCCAGCUUGCAUCAGCAGCGAGGAUGUAGGCCCAAGUAGCGAAAAACUGACAAAAAUUACAACACUACGACUGGCUAUGAAGUACAUCAAGGUACUGUCGGAAGCCCUGCUCGAUCCACAGCGACCUGAUUAUCGCUCGAUCUGCGACUCAAUAUCUUAUAGGCCUAGCGACAAGGCACCAAACGACAGUAAACGGCGGCAACGAGAAAAAAGUGAAGACCAAAAGCCAAAUGCUGCAAAAACAAGUUCGGUAGUGGGAAAGAGACGCGGGAAGAAAGGAAAACUUAUUCAGUAUGAUGAAAGCGAAUCGACGCUUAACCACUCUCGUUUUGAAACAUCACCCGCCUCGAAUAGCUCAUCAGCUUAUGCCUCCCUAUCACCCUCCUACGAGUCUUCAGCUUCUCCGAGUUCAAAUUAUUCGCAUGGUUUUGAAAGCAACAUCAUGGACCACAAUUGCAAUAGCUCCCACUGUCGGAAGUCCACGUCCGAUUUAAGUACUUUUAUGUUGGAAUCAGAUGGGGAAUCACUGAAUCCCUCGGAACGAUGGCCUAGCCCACUGCGCUCCAGUCGCAACGUACCUUCAAUGCCAAACGAUCUUUUUGAAUGUUCGCCCAGCGACAUGCCCUCUUUAGAGAAUCCACUUGAACUCAGCUUACGUUUAAUGGAACCGCCCACCGAUUCUGUAGCAUUCUCACCAAUCCGCGUGCCCUGCUCAAAUUCGCCCUGCCUAGCUCCUUUAAUGAACUUUGAAUCCUUCGACCUAUUCCACCCGGACGACAUCGGCGACCAUGGAGCUCUCGACCUGUUUCUAACACGGCGUCGUUUAACGCUGACUGCUAGCUCAGGCUUUUAUAUUGCAGUGUGUCACACCGUGUUGGAAAUUUAUAAUUAUUCUCCGAUUUCAAAUCGUUUGCUGGUUCCAAAUGUUGAGGGAAUGGCUGACGAAGGACGCUAUAGUCUGCCAUCAGCAGAGUCGACAAAAUUAAAUAAUAAUACAGGAAAUAGUUUCAGAUGGGGCUCAUCGCACUUUUCCAACAGCAGACAACGUUGCAAUUCCAGCAUUAACUUAGUUAAUUUAGAUAGCACUGUUGUUAGCAAAAUCGAGCCGAGGAUUUUUGCCGACGUCCAAAGCAAAGGAUUGGCUUCAAGGAUAGUCAAGUACCACGAAAAUGAGAGCCGCCUUAACCGGAGUAUGUCGACUAAUAGCCUGUACACAAAGCCGGGACAAUUUCCAAUUGUAACUCUCCGCAAGACUGAAUUGCCUUUUCGAGCUACCAAACAAUGCGUGUCUAUGACGCGAAUAGUACCACCUGACACUUCAGUCUUUAGCGGCAGUACAUUAUCAGGACUUUUGCGGUCGAAUUCUGUAGUGGGGCUACACAAAAGCGAUGAAGACAUAUCAAGUGAAAACAGGCCAAUUAUACAUCCUCCACCAACAGAAAAUGAUAUGGCGCCAACACGCAGUGUUCUAGACGUGCUGAAAGAGAUUUCCCGAAAAAGAAUAAAUAGCGACGAUUCAAGCGGCUCGGAAAUGACUAAAAAGAAUCGUGUGGGUACUGAUUUAUUAGAUUCUGGUACCAACGUUGUAAAUAUCGCAACGCCCGCUGCUAACUUUAAAAGACAGCGAGAUUCAAACUUACAGGACAAAGUAAAUGUUAAUACCUCUUUUAAAUACGUGGACUCUAACAAAUCACCAGAACAAAUAAAAAAACGUAUAUGCAGUUACAACAAUGACAUAACCAGUUCGUUAAGUUCAAGCUCAAAACGAAAAUCCAAAGAGAUCAAGAGACCUUCCUAUCAACUUAAUCAGACAAUGCCAGCAUAUUUAGAAUCCUACGAAACACCGAAACUUAAAAUACCUAAACGAAACGACCAUUCAAUACAGGAUAAUUGUGCAAAUAGACAGAGCGAAAAGAACAUUUCUAGCAUUUCAAUAGCCCAGGCGACAUGCGGAACUGUGCCGCAACGAAGCCAAUCGGAAGGUAUUACUCCAACGGAGACAUAUCAGGCGGUACAAAAGCCUCGUCUUACUCUGUUCAAUAAAAAUUACGACACCAAUAUUGAAAAAUCACAGGACAGCUUAGAAAACGAUGACAACUUAGACGAAGGCAGCGAGUGUACGGGUAUUCAUUUUGUCAAGCCGAAAAAACUAACCUCUAACUCUGGCCUCAAAAAUCCUAUAUUGGAGCGAACACAAAAGUCGAAGUUAGCACUAAUGUUGUCUGGUCUCAGAGGAGAAUUGUAUGACAUAAACGACGAGGUUGACACUUCUCAAAAGGAACAGGCUUCUAGGAGCAGUGACUCUAUACAAACAUCAAUUCCCAAACAAAAUAAUACCAGCGCAAAAAUCGACACCCCGGAAUCCUCAAAGAGCAUAAACACGCAAGCAACACAUAAAAACCCAUCACCUUUGGUUGGACUAAAAUUAACACCACAAAGCAUAAUAUUGACACAGAACGCGAAAUCAAGUAAAGAAUCCAGUGUCCCAACUAUUGGCAUUCUUCCUGGUAAUAAUAAAAUGGUAACAUCUAAUACUACUGCCACGUUAAACAAUUCCACGGCCACAGGAGCUAUAAAAGCUGCAAAGGGUGUUUCGAAUACAACUCAUCAAGAUCCAUUUAAAACUAGCUUAGUUGGCCCUGAAACUAAGACGGCUGCAACAACCCUUCUUGAGUCAUCCAAUACGUCGAAACUUGCAGAAAAUACCUGUAAAAACCCCUCUGAAUUUAUAAAACCUUCUUCCGACACGAGUUCUUCGGAGCCUUUUUCCUUCGGACUGCCUUCUGGCUCUAAGACUGUACCUUCGACGUCUUCUUCUUCGAUGACAAAUGAAAAAUUCUCUUUCAACCCCCCCUUGGCUUCGACCAGUGUAGUUCAAUCGCCAGUUAGUGGAGGAUUUAGUUUCGGCACAGCCUUAAAUUCAAAUAUUACUCCUCCUUCCACAACCGGCAACCAGAAUCCUCCCGCCCUACAAGCCACACCCAGUACAACACCCAAUAUCUUCACAUUGCCGAAUACAGAAGCCAAAUCUUCAUUAUUUGGAGCAACAAAAGCUACUGAUACUACACAAGAUGUUUUUACCUCUGGGAGCAAAAUAGAUGAAAAAUCACAAAAGACUGACUCACCUAAAUCUGUGGGAGGGUUUUCCUUUGGAAUUGAUACGUCAAAAACAUCUUCAAGUGGGACGUAUACAUUUGGCAACACUAGUAGUUCGUCUGCGGCUACAAAUAAACUUGUCAGUUCUGUAACAACAACUGUAGCGCCAAAUAACCAUAAUACGUUUCCUUCGACUUCUCUUUCUGAACAGAAAUUAACAACAGUUUUUGGAAACUCUUCAUCGUCAACUUCCAACUCGGCUGGAUUUGCAUUUGGUUCUAGUACAACAGCUGUCGAAUUACCUAAAAUUUCAUCGGCAUUUGCCUUUGGUUCCAAUAAUCCACCACCUUCCAUAAAUCAAAAAUCCGCUGCACCCCCAAAUAUCGGUGGAUUCUCAUUUUCAGCCCCGAAUAAUAAUUCUACGGCAAAUAAGCCCAGCUUUGAUGCCACGCCGCCUUCAAACACUAAUACGUUGUUAGGAGGCACCAAUAACAAUCAAUCUGCUGUUAAUAUAUUUGGAAACGGCGGAGGUGCUACUUCUUUUAACUUUGCGGCAUCUCCAGGUCUAAGCCCUCAAACAUCAGCUGGUGGCGCAACUAAUACAACAUUUAAUUUUGGAACAUCGUCGUCGAAUAAUACUCAAACGGGAGGAACAUCAACUGGUAACUCAUCUAGUUCCACGUUUAACUUUGGAGCGGUCAAUACAAAAAAUUCACAAAGCAACAUCACUUCGGCCACUAGUAAGAGUUUAACGACCACUUUCGCAUUUGGAGCUGCGUCAUCUAAUCCGCAGUCAUCAGGAAAAAGUGCAAAUAAUGCAACAAGUCCCGCAUUCAACUUUGGAAGUUCUUCAUCGUUUUCAACAUCUAACAAUUCAAUGGUGAAAUCCGGUAUGACAACAAACAACACCUCGCAGCCUGCAUUUAAUUUCGGUGCGUCUGUAUCGGGCAGUGCCCAAUCAAAGGGAACGUCAGCCAUAGCAUUGAACAAUGGCACUAAAUCAGCAUUUAAUUUUAGCGCUUCCUCGUCCACGAAUAAUGCUCAUUCAAUAAGUUCACCAAGUAUGUCUAAUAAUAUAACAGCAAACAGUGGAUCCGUAAACGCUUUUAGAUUUAAUAAUCCUUCCGCGAGCAGCCCUCAACCGACCGGCUCGACAACAAUUACCAACAAUAUUUUUGCCAUACCACAGAAUUCAUCUUCGGUAUCAACAGACCGACCAAUUCGACGCGCAACUAGACGCCUGCAAAAGUGAGCCGGGAUAUGAUUCGAAAACAUCGGCACUCUCAGCGUCGGAAAGAUGCUGAGCUUCGAUUUACUCCAGCUCUUUCGUUUCUUAAACUAAAAAUGCAAGUGUAUCUUUGAACCAAUUUGAAUAAGCUGUGAACGGUCCUGAUUUUUUCUAUUAAUAUACUAACUCAGUUCUGAAUAAAGUGUAAA